UUUGUGGAUUUAUUUCAGAUUCUGAAGUUGUUGAAACGGUUGCAGGAUUUAAAUAUCACCGUUGAUGUCCUGGUGGAAACCGGAAUAGGAAAAACAGUAAAUGGAUUCAGAAAAAAUCAAGAUGUUGGUGACAUAGCCAAAGAGUUGGUGUACCAGUGGAAAAAACUAAUUCCUCAGCAAACUUCCAGCGGGGAACAGAGUAAAAAGAAAGGAGAAAAACAUUGUGAGCACAAUGAGAAGGCGGCUGGAAGGGAAAAGGCAAGUAAGUCAACAAGGCUGUCCAGUCGUGCAGAGGUCCCGCCAGGGAAUAAAUGUGCAAGGCUUUUAAAUGAGGAAGAAAGCCCAGAAAAACACGAUGGGAUUACGACUGAUCAGCAACCUUCCGUUGACAAUCCAGUUCCGUUAAAGACCAACGAGUCCAAAUCAUCACGACAAGAAAAGAAAGAAUAUAGUCAUUGUGCAAAACGCAAUUCUUCGCCAGAGCAGCGAUUUGUUAAAUGUGCAAAAUCCCACAAGGACAAAAGUACCUCUCGAACAAAAGAUAAAAAAACAGUUGGUAAUGAUGGAAUCAUGAAAGACCAGGAUAAGAGGGGAUCUUCGCUGGGAAUCUCUCCAACGUCCCACAAUGACUCCAAGGGAGGAUCUCGCUCGGGAAAGAGUACUCGUAAGAAUGGUGAAAAGAAGAAAAACAAAUCUACGGAUACAACGAAACGUGGCAAUUUGGCUAGCAAGCAAGAGAAAUGUUCUGAAAAGGAGGAAGGAAGUCUCGGAUCAAACAAACCACAGGCCAUCGCACGUGAACCGAAAGAGAGCAUUAAAGGGAGUAAAAUGGAAGAAUUAUCAGACAAUGGAAAUGAUGAGUUUGAAAAACCGGUAAUGUCAUUUGAUUCGUAUAUGAACUAUGCGGAACCAAAUAGGAAAGCACGCAGACCCCACCAGAAGGAAAAAAUGUCCAUUUUGGAAAAGGACAAAUGGAUCUCUCCUACUUUGAUGGAGAAUAAUGUAUGUCCAUCACCUCAUAGGAAGGAACGCAAAAGCAAGGGAAAUGCAACUAAAAGACACCAAUGUGAAGACGACAUUUGGACUGAACAAGCAAAUAAAAAGAUAAAAGUUGAUAUCAGUGCUUUGCUGGAUAUCCCUUUGCCUAAAUUUCUACCAGAUAUUACAGAAAUGCCUUUUGAUUUUCCAUCUACAUCGCCAGUCAAGAAAUCAGCAAUAGCCGAUGUUUCUCACAAGACUGUGGAAUUUACUGGUCAGAGAUUAAACUGUAAGAUGCAAGUAUAUUCGGGGAGUAAAACAACAAACAUGUUGAAGAUGAUGUCUCUGUAUGAACAGUGCAUACGAGUCCUUCAGAACAACAUUGACUCCAUUCAUGAAGUUGGCGGUGUGCCUUUUGAGAUCAUUGAGCCCAUGUUUGAUCGAUGUACAUCAGAGCAGCUGUGGCGAAUUGAGGAGCACAACCCGAGCUUCAUUGAACAGACUGAUCACCUCUGGAUGAAACAUUGUAGAAAAGAUUUCAAAGGCGAGCGGCCCCUGGAGUAUGAAUCAUGGCGCGAGCUGUAUCUAAGGCAGUAUGUCGAACGAGAGCAGAAACUGAAAAUAUUGACACAAAGUAUUAGCUCUGCUCAUGCUAAUAAACCCAAAGGUCGUCAAGUGAAACUGGCCUAUGUAACUACUUCUGCAAAACCUCCCCGAGAUAUUCUCCGACAGCAAGGGAAGCAUGGGACUGCGUGGACCGCACUUCAAAGCUCUUCCAAGCAGAGGGUGAAGUCUGUGAGGAGUACAGACUGUGCUGGUUCCACCAGAGGAAGUGGCUCUUGUGAUGGUGGCAGUGUUGCUCCAAGUGCUCACUCCGGCCCUGAUGCAAAAAGGCAGGUUAAAAGUAAGUAA